UGAGUCCUGGGAUUCCGUGGACCGCUGUGGGCACAUUACUGGGACAGGGGUCAGGAAACUGCUGUGGCAGAGUGCGCCCCCUCCCACUGUAAUUUCCCCACGUGAGAGAAAGAUGUUUCUCUUGGACAUUCCGAGGGACCUCUGCAAAUCCCUGGGGAGAUGUAGCACCAGGUACCUUUAAGGGAAUUCCUCUGAGGGAGGAGAGAAGGCCAUUAGGAAGAGCUCAGUUACAUAACCGUUACCUAAAACUAAAUAUUCCACCCCAGAAGCUGUCCAGAUGUUGCAGAGUCGCGAUGAGGAGGCUGUCAGAGGGAUCUGCUUGCCGUUAGCUGCAGGAACCAGAACAGGAGACAGCCAGCUUGGUGCAGGGACUUGCUCAGGGAGUGUUGAAACAUUUCUCUUCCCAGCCUUGAGCUCUACUGAGCAUGUGGAGUAACUAAGCCGCCUCCCUGCCUGUGUGGCCUUUCCUUUCAUCCAUUGAGGUGAAUUCUUUUUGCUUUGGUACAAGAGAAACUUUUGUGACUGUUUUAGUGACGGAUAGCCAAGCCAGGGACUCUCCUGGGGCCCCUCACGUGGACAGUCUCUGAUUCUAGCCAGACAAAGAUGCCAGGAAAGCCCUCCACCACUACGCUGAGUCCCCACACAGGGUCCCGGCUGGCAGGAAGCCAGAGGGUUUGAGCAGAGCGAGGUUGGCAUUACCUAGGGAAGUGCGUAGGAGGUGAGGAGGGGGCAGACGGAGGCUUCCCUCAGACUUCCAUCACCACCUAUCCUGUGGUUACCGCAACAGCGCCCCCGUCCCCUGCUCGCCGCGCACCCCUGGUCCCAGUGCUGGGCACCUGGCUGGUGGGGAGGGCCGGGGGGGCACCCUGGCGUGGGAUCUGGGAGCCAGGCCACUGUGAGCAUGGGAUGUCGCUGCAGCCGAGCCUCCACCCCUGACUGUCUCCCUCUGCUCUGCAGCAGGAGGAGGCGGCGGAGCAGCUAGUGGGCACUGGCCGCCCCCCUGCACGAGCCUCUGCCGGGCCCCCUGGCCAGCCCCGCGCUCUGCGAGUUCGCCAUGAUCGCCACCGGCGGCCUGCUGAGGAUUUCAGCCCGGAAGCAGGAUCCCCUGCGCCCCCCGGGCCAGGUGCCCAAGCGGAAGCGGAAAGCCAAGCAGCGGCGCAAGAACGACGUGGUGGUGGUGAAAGGCAAGCUGAAGCUCUGCUCCGUCUCGGGGCUCAUCGCCCUGUGCGGGAUCCUGGUGCUGCUGGUGGGCAUCGCCCUGGCCGUGGUGGGCUACUGGCCCAAAGCCAGCGGGGCCUCCAGGGAGGGGGGCAGACAGCUGCCCCCCGCGGGCACCGGGCACCGUGCUCGGGCCAACAGCAGCGGCCUGGCCCAGUCCUGGAGCCCCCGGGGGGGCGCCCCCUCCAGCUCCGUGGGCGCGCCCCGAAGCACGCGCGCGCCCCGCCCGUCCUCGCCCGCGCCCGUGGGCUUCUUCUUCCGCAUCUUCUCGGGCUACCUGCACUCGGACAAGCUCAAGGUCUUCGGGCCGCUCAUCAUGGGCAUCGGCAUCUUUCUCUUCAUCUGCGCCAACGCCGUGCUGCACGAGAACCGCGACAGGAAGACCAAGAUCAUCAACCUGCGGGACCUCUACUCCACCGUCAUCGACGUGCACAGCCUACGCGCCAAGGACCCGGCCGCCGCCCUCAGCGCACAGAGAACAGGACUUGGCACCUGCAGCCUUGGCAGCUGGCUGUGUAAGGAACGAGACUGCAGGUCUAAUCUUCGUGCAGAACGCCACAUUAUCAUCUGGAUUCAAGAAAUCUGGACGUCCAGAGCCAAAAAGGCUUUAGAAGACAACCAGAUCUGCGCAGAAAUAGACAGGUGGAAGGAGGUGGGCUCUGGUCACUCUGACCCUAACACAGAUUCGGCCUUUGCUGAGAAGGGGGACAAGGACCGCCUCCCGAACAGGUUCCGGUUGCCUAAUGUUUUCCUUCUAAUCCCCGAUUACCGCGCCGGGGCCGGGGGGCGGCGGGGGCUGCACGCGGAGGAACUUCGGAGCCGAUGCCAACCCCACCAGGCCGGUCACAAAGCCAGGCAGGGCGGGAGCGCGGUGGCAGCAGCCAGAGGCUCCCAGCGCCCCGCCGUGCGCCCCGCCGUGCGCCCGCGGCCCGAGCUCGCCGGGACAACUCACUGUGCUCGCUCGCCGGUGUCCACACUGCAAACUCUCAGUGGGAGGGGUGACAGCGCCAAGGCUGGGUCGCGUCGAGUGGCGGAGCCCACAAAAGCGCAAAGAGCGCAGAAGCGGGAGGCCGAGAGGGAGAGGGACGGGGCAGUGCCCUGGCUCCCUGGAGAGCGCGCCGCGGUGCAGAUGGGGGACCCCGGCGAGGCGGGCCUGGCCUGGGGACGUCUCCGGGCGGCUGCUCGGACAGGUAGUUGGGGGAAAGCAGCCGGCUGCGGGCGAGGGCAGGAGCGGCCCCUGGGUGACCCGGGGGCGGGAAGGUCGAGCGCCCCCGCCCCGCGGGCUGCCUCGCGCUGCCUCGCGCCCCUGCUCCCAGAAGCCCGGCUUCCGAAGGGACGGGCGGGCGGCCGCCUGCCCAGGACCGGCAGGUACGCGGCCCUGCGGCGCUGCAGCACGAGCGGGCUCCCAGACUACCGCGCCCCGCCGUCGCCGGAGCCGCCACCCUCCCCGAGGGUCCCAGACCUGGGCUCUACCCAUCCGGACUCGGCCGCUUCCCCCUCGCCUCCCCUGCGCCUGGAGGAAUCGCCCUGCGCCAGCAGGCGGGACUCGCAGAGCUCGCAGUCCGACGAUGCGUCCAGCAGCAGCAAUAAGGGCUACACCCCGCUGCAGGAGGCCGGCACCUCCCUGGAGUCGGUGGUGGACUCAGUGGCCGGUAAUAGGCAAGACUGCUUGGCCGCCUCCGAGAUGGGGGCCGAGGGUCCCAGCCAAGAGCCACCCGAGGCCGAACCACCCCAGCCGGUGCAGAGGCAGUUUACAAACAAGGAGAAACUUUUCAUGAUUUCCCGGUCUCGUGCCGCAGGGGUAGAAGCAGAAGAGGAGGACGAGGAGAGCACUGGCGACUAGGGAGAUGGUAGCCAGAGGGAGGGAGAGCGAGGGCUGGGAGAAUCGCCCAAUUCAAUCACUGCUUUAGCAGCCCCUGAACUCUCUCGCGGACUGAUCCGAGGAAGUCAUUUCAUAUCCAAAGAGCUGCAGAAUGUUAUCCUUGAGUUGUGUUUGCAAGAUUCCUGUAGAUAACUCCAAGCAAACGUUUUUUUUUUCCUUUUUUAAAGCAAUCUAGUCUUUUUAUGUCCGAUGGUGAUUGUAUGGUCCAUGAAAACCAAAUGUAUUAACAAGGUCAGCAAUCUAGUUAGAUAAAAAUCUUAAUUUUCCUAGGAUCAAAAUAAUAUAUUUUUGACAGUAACUGUGCACUUACUUUACCGGAAUCUUUUUUGGAGAUACCUAAAUUUCCUUACCCCUAUAUUCUGCCUGUAGUUUCCUCUGUAGCUGCUUGUGAAUGACAAGCUUUUAUUCUCCCUCCCUUUGCGGAGCGUAGAAGUCCAGUUCUCUCUGAAUUGAUCUCUCUAAAUGAAGUCAAAGCCAAACGCAUGAGUCAUUGCGGGAAGAGUGCGCCCCUUGCCCUGCCGCACUCUGCUCAUGCACUCACUGUCCAAGGGGCUCUUUACUUUUUAAAAGGGUAUUUGCAUUUUACUACUAGGGUCUGGUGUCCAGACUGGUCGGCACUAGGAGCUAGCUGGAUUGUUACAUCCCCGAGCUCAUCACAUGAACCACACCAUGCUUUCCUGAGUAUUAUCACACCUGUACUGAAAAUAGCGUUAAUAUUUAAAAUUCUUUUAAUAAAAGAAGUUUCCAAACAAUUAAACAUAACUUUGCUUCAUUUUGCCUGGGAGCUAACAUGUCUAAAGCAUCGUAAACGUUUAACAGUCUAUCUGGUAAAUCUAAAAUAUUUUGCUGUGGCAUUACUGUUAUGACUGCAGUUAUCUUCUCCCAGAAUAUGAGUACAUCAAUUUCCAAUAUAUUUUUAACUUAAAAGCAUAGAGGAAGUAGUACUGCACAUUUGGGAGUUUCUUGUUCAAGUAGAAGGCUGUUUGAAAUAGCACAUUUCUAUAAUAUUUCUAGUCAACCUCAAAACAUUGACUUAUGGAGCAUGAGGCCCAAUAUUCUUUCCUCAAAUUCUUGGGUUUCACCCUCUGAUUUUGAUCUAAAUUUAUGGUCUUAAAUCCAUAGGCAAAAAGGUGGUGUUUCAGUACUUAGGCAGAUUGUUUAUACUUGAUGCUUUUAAAAGUCAAUCUGUUGAUUUGUAAGAACAGGCAACAAAAAAUUAACUUAAAUCCUGGUAUCUCUCCUUUCCGUAUGCCCUGAGAAUCUUGGGAACUGUGUUGCCCUCUUUUGGCCAUUUGGAUGCAAGUCCAGGAAGACAGACUGAUUUGGCAGGAUGUUGGAGAAGGAAUUCUGAAGGGAAACCAGUGAAAAAUGCAGUCGUAGUGGAGCAGCUGGUCCUACAGACUACAGAUCCAGAACUAAGAGUAGACCCCAGCUCUGGGUGUUUGCUAGCGGUGAAGGCCUGAGUCUGUCACCAAUGCGGGGUUCCAGCCAUCUGAUCUAUGAAAUGAAAAGAUCAAAGCACGCCUCGAAGACAGCAAGGGCACUAGAACAGGGGCGGAUGGAAGGGGUCAGAUGUGCAGAGCCCAGGUCAGUGCUGAGCAGAGGCUGUGCUCUGCAAGAGGUGGCUGCGAUCACGAUGAUUACCAUGGCGCCGUGCUUGCUGUGGAAGAAUUGGCCUUCCCUGGACUCCAUUUGGCUGAAAUGUGGAAUAUCCGCUCAUUAUCUGGUUAACCUUAGAUAAAUCACUUAAUCCUUCUGGGCCUCUGGUGCAUGAUGUAAUCUCUGUGAUCUCCUUCAGCUCUGAAAGCUUUACUGAAGUUCAGGGUACUGGUUUUAGCCUGUAGACAAUCAAUCAUAUCCUAUUUGCACACAGUUUAGUGAAGAGUGAAUAUACCUCAUCAAUUUCCAUGAGUGUACCAUGCUGUAUUAAAUUUUUUAAAGGCUUAAUUUUUUUUUCUUCCCAGAUUGGAUCUGCAUUAAGCUAAUAACUCAUUUUACAGCUCUCACUUAAUUUGUUGAGCUCUUCUAUGGAGCAGAAGUAGGUUUAUACUAACAAGACUGACAAAAAGGACCUCCAGGUAGUAUUAAAUUUCAACAGUCUCAAGUGCAUUUUCAGACUUCCAAGGAGCAACAAUAACCCCACAACAACAGAAGUCAAAUUUCCCUGUGUUUUCCCCUCCAUUGUCCUGCAUAGCAGGUAAUUUAUACACUGAGAGAAUAUGUUAUGUGAAAGGAAAACUGGGUCCUGGUGUGGCACAAUGCUGCUUCCACUCCUCAGAAAAUGCACUGGAAUGACACUGGCAAAUAACCGGGCCGCUGUCUCUUCCCUUAACUAAAGAGAGGUGGUCAGAAUAGUAUCUCACAAACUUUCAAAAAUUCAGUCUAAACAACGGUCUAAUAUUUAAUGAUACUGACUGCCUAAUGCUAUGAAUCAGAUUAAAUACAUAAAUUCUUCUGGCUCUUGCUGAUCUCAUCCAUAGGCUCCCAAAACUGAAUAACUGCAGCAAACUUAGUUUACCAUCAAGUUAUAGCUAUCUUAGUCCCUGAGCAGUUUAACCAGAUUUUCUCUCUUUUUUUUUUUUUUGCCCCAAAGAUAAAAAAGGUAAACUCAGUUUUGCAAGUCUUUUUAGAAGUCUGGGAUUUCCUUACACUUCAGGAAGAAUCUUCCACAGUUCUGACUAUAGGAACUCACAGUCUUAGCUUUCACAGGAGCAGAGAUUUAUGCAAUAAUAAUGUUAAGUUUUACUCACUGUUUAUUGUGGGCCAUGCGCUGUUCUACCAGGUUUACAUGCAUUACUUGUUUCUCAGUACUUCUAUUGAAGGAAGUUCAUUAUUGUUCCCAUUCUAUGAAAAAGACACUGAAGUCAGAGAGAUGAAACAGUUACCUAGGAUGACUCUGCUGGUAAAUGACAGAGAUAGGAUUUUCAGUUUUUGAGGUUAUGUGGUCUCCUACUAACAGAUGUUGGACACAUAAUGUUCACAUUUCCAGAGAUCACUGAAAUACCAUCUCCUAAUCUUCCUGCUAGAUCCCUUGUCAGAACCAUUCUUAGUGCUGUACAGAGAAAUAUUAGAAUUUGCAGUCAGGUAAAAAGCUGGAGUUUGUACUGUAGUCUUUGGACUGGCAUACACAAAUUUUCUUUUCUCUAAGUGACUUGGCAGGAUUUUUUGUGCCCAGUCAAUAGGAACCUUUGAAGCCAUGGAAUCCCUAUUUGUGCUUGUAAAGGAGGUUGCUGAGAUUGAGGAAGAGAGAGCAACUUGUUCAGAGGCAAACAGCAGUGGCAGGACUGUUACACUGAAAUAAUUGCAAUAACUGGCAAGAGAUUUUUACCCCUGAGCUUCUAUCAUGUACUAGCUGGGUGGCCAUGGGCCAUCUACUUAGUCUCUCUCUGUGUCUCAAUGUUCCUUCCAUGCAACAGGAGUAAUGAUGGUUCCUAAGCUACAGGGUUGGAAUGAAGAGUGAAGGAAUUAAUGUUUGUGUAACGUGCUUGUCACAGGCAUGGCUCAAAUGGUGUUAUUCAAGUUGCGUCAGUUUUAUUUCAAGUAGAAUAAACUGCUGUAUAGAAUUA